AUGUCGGCGCCUUAUUGGGGCCAGUUGCCCCCAUCAAAAGCUUGCCGCAUGUCCGCCGACUAUGACCAGACUGAUCGUCGACAGUCCUUGGAUCAGUCCGCUGCCCCGUCCGAAUCUCAAACUUACUCCCACUCCCGAUCGCAGUCUCAGUCUCAGCCGCAGUCACGGUCGAAUCGGGCGUCCGUACAAACCACCCAUACCGACACCAAUACAGACUCUACCUUCAGUCCUCUACAGUCACCUAUUGCCUCUAAUUUCCAGGGGAAUGGGCUAGCUCCCCGCCCGCCCUCUCUACCUUACGGACAAAAUCAAUACCCCGCAGAGUCUAACGGCAAACGAGCGAGGCGUACUAGCCGAGCGCAAGAAGACCUCUUCUUCGACGAGAUUACCGCGUCACCUUCUCCCCUCCCAGCCGCUCCCGACGUCCCUAGAGGACCGCCAAUCAGCUACAAAGAUCCUUAUAGAAACAGUAGUCCGGCCUUUACUCCCACGUACACUUACAACGCGGAUGGUUCGCCAGGGCCGCCAUUAUCAGCUUACCGAUUUAGUUCUCCUAGAUACGGGUCCCCUCUAGCAAGAGUAGCGGCUAUGGAUUCCGAGUCUUUCUACAAAGAUGAUACCCCAGAAGUCGAGAGAAUAAGUCGAGCACCCGUACUAGAUCGAAGUCGACAAACUUUUGACGAAAGUGGGGGUACAAGCAAACCACCAGUACAUCGGGGCCUAGAGGGAUCUAGAUCUAUAGGACAACCCCCAGCAGAUGGCGAUGCGACAGAGAAGGAGACUGUGGACCCUUCCGCACCAAAGAGACAAGGAACACUAAGCGCGCCAGUAAAGCGCCCAACGUGGGCAGACGACCGGUCACCGUUGCAAAGGCUCGAGCUGACCCUCGAUAGCAUCACCAAGGAAGAGAAACGGGCCCGUGUAGAAGCUGCCGAGCAUCGCGCAAGAGAACGGGCAGAACGGGCAGCACGGAAAGAGAGCAUUUCAAUUCAAGAAAGGCUUCAGCUCCCACCAGAGCGUCAAACCAACCAGCCAAUCCGGACCAGAGAUCGGCGUCAAUCCAACGCUCGCCCGGAAGAUCAGCGCGCGAUUGUUGCUGACCCAGUCCCAACCCAGCCAACCGUCGUCGUAUCCCGCGGGCCUUCAACUCGUAGUGCCCAAGAAGAAGCUAGGCGGUCAUCCGACCAAUAUCCUAGCUCGCAAAUUCCAGUUGCCAGGAAUCUUAAUAUCACAGCAGCUGAGAAAGCUGAAAUAACUCAAGGUAACCUAAGCUUUCGCGAGAGGGCUGCUAAAAUUGAUACCAAUCCGCCAAGAGAUGUAGAGAGUAACUCACCUACUUCACCCAUUACUCCAGUAAGCGGAGGCUUUUCUCUUACCCGUAGUGGCAGCAACAAACUUAAGAAGAAUCCACCAGGUGACCCCUGGUAUAGUGCGCGUAGGGAGGCCGAAGAAAGGUCAGCAGCCCAAUACAGGCGCAAUUUGCCAAGAGAGGGCCCAAAUGCAGUUCCUAGAGAUGCGGGCGUCCCUCUCGAAGCCAUCAAGCCUAGAAACGAGAUGGGUACGAGGAUGCCUACCUCACCAGAAUAUAACGAAAGGCCGCCAGCAAGAGGUAAGCAGUUCAAUCAAGACGACUAUGAAGAACCUACAGUUCAACCGAAAGGACCCGCAGCCGCGGCGGGUGGGCUUAAUCGAUCUCAAUCUAUGAAGAAUAAUCAAAACCCACUACCGUCACAGCACCCUUAUCAAACUCGAAUACGCGAUUCGGAAGACUCGCCGACGCCGGUCAGAAAUGUUGUAAAAUCUGUUACGUUUCCGGAUCGAAAGCACGAGGCUCAAAUGUUUGAAGGAGAUGACUAUGAUUCGGAUAUGAGCGACCAUAAACUUGGUCUUCAUGAUUACAUGUAUCGAGGCAAGCUUAAGCCUGGUCGAGGAAUGUAUCAACCGCCGAAGUACUUAGAGGAGUGGAAGAAAGCUACAGUUGGAACGCUAGCGGGUCCUUUGUUGGACCUUCAUGAAGAGCCUAACCUCGUCGCUGAUAAGAGCAUGCCGUGGUGGGAGAGCCCCCCUAGCAGUAAGCGUAGAGGUAGUACAACGACGCGACCACAGCUGGAAGCUCGAGAGGAGCCGUACGACGAUACCAAAGGUCAGACGGGGUUUAGGCCAGCAUUGUAUCUCAAAUGCGGACCGCUGCUGCGCUAUUGUGGUCUUCGUUACGAAAAGCCGUUAGCACGAGCCAACCGUAACGACGAAACUUCCGAGCAGGAAAUAUGGAGAGGCAGCGUCAUGAUCGUUACGCAAGACUCAGAGUCAUCCUAUGACAUUCCUCCAAUCCUCCGACUCUUUGUUCAACCCAUCGAGCUCUUACCACUGCCUCCCGCGGAGCUGCGCGGGGGACAAACUCUUCCCCCGGAGUACGUGGACCCAAUCGCAGGCAUACCGAAGCUUGGCCGACGGGGAGAAACAUUAUACGUCCGACCAGUAGAACACCUAGAAGAAGCCAAGGAUGCUUCGAGAUUGGAUCCUGACGAUGGCCUAUUCGAAAUCACGAGAACGGCCCCUGACUUCAGUAACGGACCUGACCCUCCGGGAUCUUUUGCUAGUCGCAAAAGACGGAACCAGGUUGACGGAGAGAAGCUGGGGAAGUACAAGGAUGUUCGUGGGUUCAGGCUACAUGCGGAACGAGGCCAUACGUUCUGGAGGUUCAACAUUGAAGUCGAGCUGCGGCAUUAUCAACAAAGAAUCGCCUACCGUAUUAAUCACGGCCCUGCUAUGGGCUUCUGGGUACCCCCUCGGGGCGAGUCGAUGAACAUCAUGUUCCACAGUUGCAACGGGUUCAGCUUGAGCGUGAACCCAGAUGAUUUCAGUGGUCCAGAUCCUUUGUGGCGUGACGUGCUCAAUAACCAUCAAACUCGACCGUUUCAUAUCAUGAUUGGAGGCGGAGAUCAACUUUACAACGACGCUAUCAUGCGGGAGAGUCCCCAUUUCCACAAUUGGCUAGAUAUCAAAAACCCUCUGCAUAAGAACAAUGCUCCUUUGAUACCAGAGUUACAGGACGAGAUGGAGCGGUUCUACCUCAAUAGGUAUAUGAUGUGGUUCUCACAGGGGCUAUUUGGCCUAGCAAACUGCCAAAUUCCUAUGGUCAACAUAUACGAUGAUCACGACAUCAUAGAUGGUUUUGGUUCCUAUCCCCACCACUUUAUGAAGUCGCCGGUAUUUAGCGGUUUAGGUAACGUCGCGUUUAAAUACUACAUGCUCUUUCAGCAUCAGAGUGUACCCGACGAGACCGAAGAGACCGAACCGAGUUGGGUCCUGGGUGUCAAGCCAGGACCGUAUAUCCAUGAGCUGAGCCGCAGUACAUUUAUGUUCCUGGGAAGUAAGAUCGCGCUCCUUGCUGUUGAUUGCCGGACUGAGCGCACAAGAGAUGAUGUCUUACGAGAGAAUACUUGGAAGAAGCUUAUGGACCGUUGCUACGAUGAGAUUGUCAAGGGAAAGACACAGCACCUGCUCGUUCUUCUGGGGGUUCCAAUUGCUUAUCCUCGGCUAGUGUGGUUAGAGAACAUCUUGACUUCGCGGUUAAUGGAUCCCAUCAAGGCCCUUGGAAAAACGGGCAUGUUGGGCAACUUCCUCAACCGCUUCGACGGAGGCGUCGAAGUUCUUGAUGACCUCGACGACCACUGGACAGCUAAAACCCACAAGGAUGAGCGGCAAGUUGUCAUCGAAGACCUGCAAGAUCUCGCCGCAGACAAGUCCGUCCGCAUAACGAUUCUAAGCGGUGACGUGCAUCUAGCCGCUAUAGGCCAGUUCUACUCGAAUCCCAAACAAGAGCUUGCUAAACAUCACGAUUUCCGCUAUAUGCCUAAUGUCAUCUCGUCGGCUAUUGCUAACGCGCCGCCCCCCGACAUCAUGGCCGACAUUCUCAAUAAGCGCAACAAGAUCCAUCAUUUCGACAAGGAUACCGAAGAGGACAUGAUUCCUAUCUUUACUACCGGAGUAGACGGAAAGCCGCGUAACAACAAGCGUCUCCUCCCCCACCGCAACUGGUGCUCCAUCCGCGAGUAUGUGCCCGGACAGACACCGCCGUCAACCCCACCCCCAGAUGACUACGAAAUGACUCCCGAGGGCACUCCGCGAGGCAGCCUGGGAAGCCUCCUCCGCAGAUUCUCGUCGAAGAGAAAAGGCUUCGUUCUCCGGAAGGAGAAGCCCCGUGACCAUGCCGACCGCUCACGUCCGCCCGUCUCUGGUAGCGGUUUCCUGCGCUCGCUCUCCCGCCGCGGCUCGACGAGCGGCGGCGGGUCCCGACCAGGCGGACUCCUACGCACCCUCUCGCUCGGGCGCGGAGACAGUUCUCGUCCGCGCGGCAACGGCAACGGCGGCUUCAGUCGAAGGAGGAAUAGCUUCGACCGACCUGACGACGGCGGUAUCAACGGCGCCUGGGGCCCCGAUAGCGAGGACGACGACGUCGAAUCAGUGCUGUACGAGGCGCCGCGGCCCCAGCGCGCGCGAGCUACGACCGUGACGGCAGCAGGGCCGGCUCGAGCAGCCGUGUACGCCUCGGAAUACUACGCGGGUGGCGGCGGCGGCGGCGGCGGCAGUAGUAGUAACCCGAAUAUGGGAAGAAUGCGCGGCGGAGGAGCAGGGCGGAACGACGAGUACGAGGUGGGCGACGAGGCGCUCUUCACGGCGAAGUCGCCGCGGCGGGCGUACACGCAGCCUACGAGAGGAGAGCACGGCGGGUUCGGCCAUAACGACAAUAAUAACUACAGCGCGUAUUACGACGAUGAGGACGACGAGGACGGCGGCGAUAAUAGGCCCGGCACGCAGUGGAAUGCCCCCCCGCCGCGGCCGCACCGCCGCGCGCCGACGGGGCUCACGGCCAAGUACGAAGUCGACGUGCGGGGCGGGCUGGACGUGUGCCUCAAUGUGGAGGUCAACCCGCGCGACCCGGCGGGGAUCACGGUGCCGUACCGGCUGCUGGUGCCGAGGCUGUGGUACGAGUAUAGAGGCGAGGAAGGGGGGGAGAGUCAGACCGAGGUCGGGUAUGGGUAUGAAGGACAAGGACAUGGACAGGGGCAAGGGCAGACACAGCAGCGUACUAUGUAUGAGGAUAUCAUCGGGGACGAGGAAUACGAGGUCCAGGAGGAAAGGCCGCAGAAGGGCGUGCUGAAGCGCCUGUUUAGCGGCAGGGGAAGCCAGUAUAGGGCGAGGAGGGGGUCGUCGUAG